UCCUCUUAACAAAUCACCAAUGGAAUCUACAAGUCCUCUACAAGUCCCAGAGCUUCUGGCAAAUGUUCUCCAUUUUCUCGAUAAGAACUCACUUCUCUUAUGCUCCAUGGUUUCUACUGAAUGGUCAAAAAUUUGUACGCCACUGCUCUGGGAGUCCUGUUCGUUCUCUGCAGAGCAAUACAGUCUGUUCCAUCAAGUCUUUGAUCAGCAUGCCUUUUUGAUUCGAAAUAUGGAAGCCAAACACCGUUUGAUUGGAGGCGAGAUGAGGUUUGUUGCCCAACAAUGCACUAACUUGUCUACACUUACGCUUCGCUACUGUCAAGUCACACCCUCCAGCCUCGAUGUCCUCUGCAAUGGCAUUGCUCGAGUCCGACAUUUGGUGUUUGAUCAUUGUAUGGGUGUCAACAGUACUAGCGUAGGCGCACGACUUCCAAAGCUGCCGAGUCUAUCGAGCCUUGAAAUCGCUGUCCAUGCACAAGAUCGAGGCAGUGGAGAUUGGCGUGAGAACGAUAUGGUUAUCCUUUUGACCGGCUGUCGCUGUCUCAAGUCACUAAAGGUUGACGGCCCAGAUCUAUCACAUGUCCAUCUCCUAGGGAUCAAGCGACAUGAAGAACCUUUACCCAUAAAGCAUCUUCAUUUAGUUUCAACGUUCAUUUCUGAACCAGCACUCAAGAAUAUUUUGAGACAGUGUCCCGAGUUGUCAACUUUGGUUCUGCUACAUAACGCCAAUAAGAAUGCCACCGUCCAUGCCAUUGCAGAAACCUGUCCUAAUUUGAAAAUGCUGGAACUAAGGAACUCUAAAAGUGUGACCGCCUCCACAUUCGGCUCUAUAUUCAAGAAAUGCCCCUUGUUGACAAAGUUGGAUGUUUCGUACACGUUGAUCAAUGAUGUAGGAGCACUCGCAUUAGCUCAAAACUGUCCACAAUUACGGGCCCUGGAUCUGACAGGAUGUUCAAGAAUAACUCAUACAGCAUCCAAAGAGCUGCUGGCCAGGCUAUCUCGCCUACAGGAGCUAAAAGCCGGUGGAUGUCCCAAGCUUAAGAUUGAAGGUUUUUCUUCGGAAGAGGAAUGGGCAAGUCGGGAUUCAUUGGAGAUAUUGGAGAUUCCACACGUAGGAAUACGACCUGGUGUGGAUGAUUUGACCAGCCUGUUGCGGCACCUGAGCUCGUUGCGAAGACUCCGAAGACUAUGUGUGGAUGAGGGUGUGGGUCAGGAUAAUGUAUUGCAAGCUUUUAUCGCACAAAGGAGCGAUGUAUCCUUGAUCAUUCUUGAGCCUCUUGAGCGACCAACAUAAGAAUAAUGCACGUGUAUGCACGUGAUAGAAAAAUCACUGCAUAUGCUACAAUUUUGUCUGAACAGUAAUUUAUACUUUUUUCCUUCUUGUCUUUUCUUCUUUGACCCGUCCUGUUCUUCCUCUUCUCCCUCCUCCUUCGCCUCACCCUCUUCCGUACAUAAAAAAAAAAGACUGAUUUCCCUCGUUAUCGAUUGCCAUUGAUUCAGUGUGCUCUCUCCACAAAGGAAAUCAUAAAAAAAAAAAAAAAAAAAAAA